AUGUUUUGGGGCGCGGAGACCGACCCCUCCUCCAGAACGCGACAUGUCGCCCUCCUCCUUCGGGCGUCGCAGAGCCACGAGCAGAGGCGGGAAGUCCCUGCGGUCUCCGGCUGUGCGGCGCGCUCUCGAGACGCCCUCGAGAGGGGCGACGACGGCGACGCGCAGGACGCAGAGCCGCGAGGCCGCUCGCAGAGAGAGAGGAACCUCCCGCCGCCUUGGCAGCUGCGCCGUUUAGUGGACAGGCAAGACAGAUGCGGCGAGCCGACCGACGCUGCCGGCGCGCAGCCCGCACAGAGCCGGGGCGCGGCGCCCCUGCGAACCAGGAUCUACGUGGCCGCGGAGGCGCGCCCUGCGCCGCCUCGAGAGCUCUCAGACCAGCCUGACGAGGUGGUGACUGCCUUGACAAACGCCUCAGUGCCGACUGUCCCAUCGACCCGCCUGCGGCGGCUGCGGUGUCUCUGUCCGUGGCGACGACGAGACGCUCGAGGCGAAGCCCCCCUCCCAGGAGACGCCCGCACGGGUUCCUGCCGGUGCUCCAAUAUCUGCCUUCUCCUCUGCUUCACGGCUCUCAAUACGCUGUUCUUCGCCACCGCGCAAGGCCCCAUCUUCGACGCCUACCUCUUUGUCGUCGGAAACAGCUCCAACGUGUGGGUCGGAGAGGCGGAGAGCGUGUCUGGCCUGACCAGCCUCCUGGUGGCUGUGCCCGUGGGCAUGGCUGUCGACCGCUUCGAUCGGAGCAAAGUAUGCAAGGUUGCAGCGUGCAUGACGUUCUUGGCGUCCGCCGCCACCACCGUGGGCUGCUCCGCGGACAGCAUCCCUCUGCUGCUGCUGUCGCUCUUUCUGUGGGGCGUGACUUGGGAGCUGUCGAGCAGCGCGAGCUUCGCCAUCUUCACCGACUCCAUGGCGCCUGCAGAUCGACCGUACUGGUUCAUCGUGAAAGGCAAGUCGAGAGCGGAAGAAAAUGGCGCGCUUUUGGAGGGAUCUGACCAGCGAAUUUGGGAAUGCCGACAUGCACGCGCGUGGGCAAGUGCGAUUGGGCCGCUGCUGAUGGCGCUCUAUUUUCGCCUCGAAGGCGACGACUGGAAGCUCCCAAUCCUGCACAGAGCCGUCGUUGCCGGCACGCUGCUAUGUGGACCGAGUGCGGGCGCCGUGCUUUCGCUUGUGCGGAGACCAGAGGAGGAUCGCCCGCCUUCGCCCUCGGCUGCCUCCCUCCCUGCCUUCCGCGUCUCUUCGUCCGCGCAUGCGUUCCAUGCGCCUGCAGCCGCACUCGCAGGCGGACGGGAGGCACAUCAUCGAGGCACGCCAGCCGCGUGUGGAUGCAGAGAAGGGGAACUCUGUGGCGAUCGAGAACACACAGACGCGCGCGCGAGAGGUGCACGGCGGGACACGCGGCGGUGCUCCCGACACACAGGCGGAGGAGCCGCAUACGGAGCAGGAGACUACACACCGGAGCGUGCGCCUCUGGGAAGCACAGGGGAGUGGUGCCAGCUCUCAGAGUGUCGCGAAAGUGAAGCAAGGGGGACGCCAAAACGCCAGAGAGCGGCAGAGAGCCGCGGCGGGGAGAACGAACCCGAGGACGACGUCGAAGUCGCCUUGCUCGAGAAGCCUUCCGCGUCCUCGCACUCGCUUCGAGUCUCCUUGAGCGCUGUGCUCGCCCGCAGAGGCUUCUCCGCGCGAGACAUCGGGCGUCUGAACACGUGCAAAAGGCCGAGCGCCGCGCCCGCGGUGCCUCUGGCGCAUGGGGCCUCUUUGGUACGCAGGCAGCGCCAGGGAUGUGGGGAGGCAGAAGGCCCUUCAGAAGAUGCCGAAACGAUUAACACUUUCCACGUGGGGUCGGGAACAGUCGACGCUCUCUGCCACCAGGUCGUGGCGCCCACUGUCCGUCGGGCGAGUGGAGCACUGCGAUCGGUGGAGAACGCGCCCUUGGAUGGGCGUCCGCCGGCCGCCACUGAGGCCAUUCGCCAGCCAGUUGCACCCUCGCUUGCGUCUCUAGUGCUGAUCUCGGCGCCCUCUCUGCGGUGGCGAUCCCGCGAGUCAGACGAACCGGCCGUGGAAUCUGCAGUGCCUGCCGACGGCGCGAAGUCGCUCCGCGCGCUCCGCUGCGCGACCGCGUCGGCGGAGCUCCCUCAGAACCCGUCGGAGCCCUGUGGGGCCUCGCAUUUGGACCUGCAAGACCCGCGAGGCGGCGGUGGACGAAAGAAGGUGCACGAGGUUCCUUUUUCAGUGGCGGAGACAACGGACGCGUACUCGUCGUGUCCAGGGGCGUCGAUGGACACGUCCUCUCGCUCCUCCUCGUGCUUCUCGUCUCCUCGCGCGUCAGCGUCCCCGCCCACGCCUGCCUGCUUGGCAUGUUCUGCGCGGCGUGGGCACGCUGCGCUUGAGGCUGCUGCGCCUGCGGGCAGUCCGUCGAGUGUGUCUCCGUUCUCUCCCUCCGCGUCUUCGCCGCCCCGCCCCCUCGCGGCGCCUCCGGGGGGGGCGCCUUCUCAGGGUUCCGCCUCCUCGUGGGAGACCUGUCUAGGCUGCGUAGAGCCGAGCGCGUUCAUCGCCGCCGUCGAGUGCGGGCUGCCGCUGACUGCAGAGAGUCACGCCGCAGGCACAGAAAAUUCCUACAUCUCGCGGCCGCUGCUGGAUGACGAGCGCGAGCCUCCCCGCCCCGCGGAGGCAGGGACUGAUCAAGACGAAGAGUGGCAAGCGGCGCUCUCCCGCACACAGAGGCAAGCAGAAAACGAAACGCGCGGAAAAAGAGCGUUGGCGAGCGAUGCAGACGCUUUCCAGCAAACGUUGGCGCGGGGGAUGAUUCCGUUCAUCGUGGCGGUAUCGGACAUUGUGCGCGCGAUCGGCGCAGGCAUGACAGUCCAGUUUUUUCCGCUUUUUUUCAAAGAAAUUUACUUUUUUCGGCCGCUCGACCUCUGCUUCCUCGCGACGGCCUACGCCGUCGGGAUUGGCCUCUUCAUGCUCAUCGGCGAGCGGCUCUCUAAGCUCGUAGGGCGGGCGUGCGCCGCGAUGUUAUUUUGCCUCGGGGGCCUCGUGAUGCUUCUCAGCAUGUGCGUCGUCCAGCGGCUCUCCGUCAUGCUCGUCUGCUACCUCCUCCGCGGCGCGCUGCAAAACGCUGUCGGACCGCUGACGCGGUCAAUCAUCAUGGACUUCACGCGAAAGGCAAAUCGCGGAAAAUGGAACGCCGUCGAGUCCUUCAGCUCAACGCUCUGGUCGGGUAGUGCGCUCGUCGGCGGCUUCCUCGCGAACAGAGACUAUCGGUUCGCCUUCUUCGUGACUGCCGUGCUCUACGCAAUUUCCUGGAUGAUUUUCAUGCCGGUUGUUUUCCUCAUGCCCGCUGCGGAGAAGCUGCUUCGCAGUGCGCGCCCUGCUGACCCGACUGCGGGUUCGCUCGUCUCCUCUGCUGCACCACUGUCUGCCUCUCCUCCGCCUUCCACGACUUCGCCCGCGCUCGAGCCUUCAGCUUCGCCUGCAGAACUUUCUGCUCCGACUCCUUAA